GCUUCCCGUGUUUAGUAGUAUAAUACUUAUUUGAGCGAUCUGAGUCAUUUUCAUUUUUUUAAACGAAAACUCAUUAUUUUUGUACAUCGAACGCCAAAGAGGGAAAAAUUAGACAUGUUAGAAUGAGCAGUCUACUGGAAUACUGGAAUGCAGCUGUUUAUAUUUUCUAAUUCAAAACUGGGUUUUUUGUUUUGUGCGUACUGCGUAGGUUAUAUGAGAUAAUGUUGUGUGUGCUGGUUUAAUCACGUCAAGGAAUCAUUAUUAUUAUUUUUUCAGAAACAAUGCUAGUGUAUGAAUUGUGUAGUGUAGAGAUAUAAUUCUAAGAUUGAAAAAUAUUUAAUUAAACAUGUUAGAUAUCAAAGUUACGCCGUUAGGAGCCGGUCAAGAUGUGGGCCGAAGUUGUAUUUUACUUUCCAUGGGAGGUAAAAACAUAAUGUUGGAUUGUGGAAUGCAUAUGGGUUUUAAUGAUGAAAGAAGAUUUCCCGACUUUUCGUACAUUGCACCGGACGGUCCAGCUAAUAGUUACAUUGAUUGUGUCAUUAUUUCACAUUUUCAUCUUGAUCACUGUGGAGCACUCCCAUAUUUUACUGAAGUAUUUGGUUAUACCGGGCCAGUUUACAUGACAUAUCCAACUAAGGCAAUUGCACCAAUUUUGCUUGAAGAUAUGCGUAAGGUGGCUGUGGAGAAAAAAGGCGACAGCAAUUUUUUCACUUCGCAGAAUAUUAAAGACUGCAUGAAAAAAGUAAUUACUGUUACACUGCACCAAUCUGUUAUGGUUGACAGUAAAUUGGAGAUUAAAGCGUACUAUGCGGGGCACGUUUUGGGUGCUGCGAUGUUCUGGAUCAGGGUUGGCUCGCAAUCUGUAGUGUAUACAGGCGACUACAAUAUGACACCGGACCGUCACUUAGGUGCAGCUUGGAUUGACAAAUGCCGUCCAGAUAUCCUGAUAAGUGAAUCUACUUACGCUACAACAAUCCGUGACUCCAAGCGAUGCAGAGAGCGUGAUUUUCUGAAGAAAAUUCACGAGUGUAUUGACAGGGGUGGGAAAGUGUUGAUUCCUGUUUUCGCACUUGGGAGAGCUCAAGAACUGUGCAUAUUGCUGGAGACUUACUGGGAGAGAAUGAACCUCAAAGUGCCAGUGUACUUUGGAACAGGUCUAACAGAGAAAGCGAAUAACUACUAUAAAAUGUUCAUUACGUGGACAAACCAAAAAAUAAGGAAAACCUUUGUCCAGAGGAACAUGUUCGACUUCAAACACAUAAAACCGUUUGAUAAGUCGUACAUAGAUAAUCCUGGUGCAAUGGUCGUGUUUGCAUCACCAGGUAUGCUGCAUGCCGGUUUGUCGCUUCACAUCUUCAAAAAAUGGGCACCAAACGAGAACAACAUGGUUAUAAUGCCAGGAUUUUGCGUAGUGGGCACCGUGGGACACAAAAUACUGAACGGCGUCAAACGGAUAGAGUUCGAGGGCCGCCAGAUCGUGGAGGUGAAGAUGUCGGUGCAGUACAUGUCUUUCUCUGCGCAUGCAGACGCAAAGGGAAUCAUGCAGCUCAUCCAGUACUGCGAGCCAAAGAACGUGUUGUUGGUCCACGGGGAGGCGGCGAAGAUGGAGUUCCUUAAGACGAAGAUAGAGAAGGAGUUCGACCUGAAGUGCUACAUGCCGGCCAACGGGGAGACGUGCGUCGUGAAGUCAGACGUGAAGGUGCCGGUGUCCGUGUCUCUGAGGCUGCUCAAGGAGGAGGCCAAGAAGAGCAGCGCGCUGCCCCCGGACCCCAAGCGGCAGCGCAUCAUCCACGGGGUCCUGGUGUCCAGGGACAUGUCGACGUGCCUCAUGGACGUCGACGAGGCGUGCGAGGAGGCGGGAAUCAGCCGCCACGCGAUCCGCUUCACGUCCACGCUGCGGCUGGACGACUCUGGGCCGGCGUCGCGCACGGCGGAGAGGCUGGCGCAGCUUGUGGGCGCGCGGCUGAAGGGCCUGCCUGUCGCCUUCACCGACUUCACCAUCUCCGUCGAGUCGGUCAUCGUCAAGGUGGAGGCGAGCGACGAGGACCAGAAAACUGUGUAUGUGUCGUGGGACAAUCAGGACGAGGAACUGGGCAGCCACAUUUUGGAGCUCCUGAAGAGCAUGGGGAACUGACUAGCAUCCUUUGCAUUGAGGAGUUACUGCGGAACUCAUGAUGUCAAGUGCAUCUCUUGGGUACUUUUGACUGAGUCUGCUGUGCAGCAGUACCUAAUGAAGCUGAGCUGUUUCUCCCACUUUCUAACAGAAGACCUGAGGGCUGUUGUGGGAGAGGAAAGUGGUGGUGUUUAUGAACAUUAAAAAAAAUGGUUAAUAUGUAGUUUAGCGGUAUUUGCGAGAGAAAAAAAUGUUAAAAAUCCGAAAUUACUUUUAUUAUAUGCUCUUUAACAUCCUCUUUUCAUUAAACCCGGCAGAGAUAAGAAAUUCCAAAUACUUUAGGAGAUAUCGCCGUUCUUAUUUUGCAAUACAAGACCUGUGCAAUUAUUUGACCGCUACAAUUUUUUUAUUUUGCAGUGUGUUUGUGAAUGCCUAAUUAAUUAAAAUGAUCGAUUAGGCCAGGUUAGUUACAUUAUUAAUACUUUCAAACUAAGUGGACAUUAAAAAUAAUGUGAAUUAAUUUUAAUGGUUGUUUAGUUUUAAAGUACUUAUAAUGUAACUGACCUGACCAAACAAACCGGGACAAAUGAUGAACAGUAGGAACUCUCGUAAUUUUUUUUUUUUUUACUUAUUAUUUGCGCAACAAUAUUCAAAUAACAAAUAAAACAUUAAAAUUUGAAACGUUAAAAACCCACCUAAGUUAGAGGUGGGUACCAUGCCAUUAGUAGAAAAUGAUGUAAUCGUUCACCUACGUCGCAAAAAAAAAAAAUUCAUACUCGUAAACAAGAAACCAGGGAGCAUCUAUGCAAGAAACUGGUGAAAACCACAUGAAUGCACAGGUAUUGUUAUGAAAAUUAAAAAAAUUUGAUAUCUCCUAAAGUAUUUGGAAUUUCUUAUCUCUGCCAGGUUUAAUGAAAAGAGGAAGUUAAAAAGCAUAGAAUAAAAGUAUUUUCAAAAUUUUUAAUUUUUUUUAACAAAUAUCACCCAACUAUGAAAAUUAAAAAAUUCGACAUCUAAAGUAUUUGGAAUUUCUUAUCUCCACCGGGUUUAAUGAAAAGAGGGAGUUAAAGAGCAUAUAUUUUUUGGAUUUUUAACAUUUUUUUUUUCUUCGCAAAUACUGCUAAACUACAUAUUUACCAAAAAAAAUAUGUAUACAUCAGUGAUUAACUUGCAUGGGAUUCAUGAAGGUUCAAAUCGACUUACAACCAUCAUACAAGUGGUUGUAAAUAAACAAAAUUGUACAAAAUGUUUUUUGAUUAAAUGCCAUAUUUUUGUAGCCUAAACAAUUUUGGUCCAUGUUUUUCACCACAGGCUUUCGUGGCCUUGUUCUAUUGACAUUGUGUUCUUUUAGGUCCUGAGCACCUAGACAUUCAACAGUAUUGCUCUUAAAGAAAAACCACACUGUGCAUUGCAAAGAUAAAAACAUUGCUAUUUAACUAAAAGUACAAAAAAGUUAUAUAACAUUUGUAUUUCUAAGCUUUAUGCACUUGUACUUCUGCUGUAGUACUGUGCCGCACAGUUUUUUGUUGCAAAGGAAUAUGAAAAGUGGCUGAACCCUACAGUAAAAUAUUUAACUUUUAAAUAAUUUUAUCUUGGCACAAAACUGGGUCUUCAGAUAGGCAGUACUGUUAUAAGUAGUUACCUACUUUACAUUGUAAACCAUUCUGUAAAAAAUUAUGUACAUAUUUUUGUGUAGUUUGUGUCAACUUAUGUUUGUCUCAGAUUGUUAUUCUAUACUUGAUUGUAAUAGUGACUUGACAUGUCAUUUCUUUUCAUAAACUUGUUAAUUGCA